AUGUUUCCGACCGGUGCAUUCGAAAACUGGACGACAUGUGAAUCUCUCCUGCCUCACGCACAAAAGGUUAUUCAGUACGGAGACGCAAAGGGAAUAUGUACAGCAAGGUAUUUGAACCUUUUGUCGAACGAGGCUCACUUUGAUUGGCUGCAAGGGCGGUAUGAGAUGGCCUGCUUCCGGAUUUCAGCUGCUGUUGAUGUACGAAAGAAAAUCCUUGGAUCGGAUGGGGUCAAAGGACGCUGGGAGGAAGCAGAAAAGCUACACGUAAAAGUAUUGGAGGCGAGAAGAGGAAUCGUGAAAGCAGAGCAUUCAAACACACUGGACAGCAUAAAAAACCUGGCAAUAGUAUAUAAGAAACAAGGACAGUGGAAGAAGGCAGAGAAGCUGCAUUUGCAAGUAUCAAAGGCUAGUAAAAGAGUGCCUGGAGAAGAGGAUCCAGAUAUAUUAGGCAGCAUGGAAAACUUGGCAACAACGUAUUACGAACGAAGUCGAUGGAAGGAGGCGGAGGAGCUGCUUAUGCAAGCGUUAGAGGCGAGGAAAAGAGUGCAGGGACCAGAGCACCCCGGCACGCUGAAUUGUAUGGCCGGCCUGGCAUUGGCCUACAAGGGACAACAUCGUUGCAAAGAAGCCAUUGCAUUGAUGCAAAACGUUGUUGAUUUACGCACAAGGAUUAUCGGUGCAAAUCAUCCACUUACAGCAAGAUCCGUCUUUUAUUUAGAAGACUGGUUAGAUACUUGA